GGAUGAUUGUAUUUUAGAGCCGCGAAAGAAAAAGUAUCAAGGUCAGAUGGCUUUUGUGGAAACGAACGAAGAGAAGCUUUCUCGUUUGAAUGAAGAUGCGAGAGCCAAACAAGACAGAAAGCUGAAGUAUUCAUUAUCGUUUUUAGAGUCAACUGAACAUUUUAUAAAAGAUUCACUCCAUAGAAACGGACUAUACGGAACCGGCAAGGAGUUCCCGCUGACGUACAAGCCUGGAGGUAACUUUUUACACCGGCCUUUCGUAGAUGUUCCGAAUUUGAACCUGGGAAUGUCAUUGUUCACAAUGCAAAACGCAUUUAAGCCUAAGUUUUGCCAGAUUAUGGAACGUGAUUUCUUUCGAUGUUUGUCGAGGGUUGGUGUUCAAAAUACAGAUAGACUAUGCAAGAUUUACUGGGAAGAUUUGCUCGAAUGUCAGGACCAUGAAAAAGCUAAAAAAAGGUUUGUGAUGAUGGAAAAGGUUCGCAGAAUGAAGAAAAUGGCGCCAAUGACGAACAUUCCGUACAGCACUCAACUGGAUGCGGACUUUCGUUAACGUGUGACUUUUCGUGUUUUAUUGGGGUUUAACUAGAUAGCUCAUCUAUAUUAAAGUAGAUGUUAAGUAUUUGCAAAACAAUAUCUUGAUAUAACUGGAUAAAUUCGUUCUGAUAAAAAGCUUACAUAUUCUAUCAUUUCAUUUAUACGACAAAGAAUAUUGCAUUGUCUGUGUUCAUAUUAACAAUAUGUAUGAGUAAUGUAAUUGAAGUAUUAAUAGGCCUGCAAAUUUAUAAAUCGGCUUUUAUCCUUUCAAAA